GUUUCUUGUCCGCUCUCAGCUGACUGCUCAAAUAUCAGCUAUAUUUUAAUUGUUUUGCUUGUACAAAAUUAUAGUCUUAGACUUAGUUUUUUACUACAUUGACUAUUGAUUUAAAGUGUAUUCGUCUCAUGACAAACAUAAUAAACAAAAUAAAUGUUCUAAUUCUUUUAUAUAAUAAAUUAAAUGGUCUGAUAAUCGAUUAUCCGAAUAGUGACAGUUGUUUCUUUUUUCCUUUAAAAAUUUUUCGAUUCUUACAAAAAAACCAAAAAUUCACAAUGCAAAAAACUAUCAUAAAACAGGAAAGUAGAAGAUGAGAAUUCACAACCGACAGACUUGAUUCAAGGAUGAGUGGAUUUUUUAAUUCUUUAAAAAAUCUCGCAUCUGGAACAGCAAAUGUCAAGACCUCUAUUAAAUAUGAAGCCAAAGAUGAUGAGGAAGAUAAGCAGAUAAAAAUGCCGAUCAAUAUUUCACCACUACCUAUUGAAAAUAGUUUUACUCAGUGGCUUGAUGCAAUGAAAAUGGUGGCAAGAUUAUCGGAAGGAGUACCUGACGAAUUUCGUAAGAAGCUGUGGUUGAUGCUAGCUGACCGUCAUUUAGAGCAACGUGGAAUAGAUUGGGAACAAGCAGAAAAAAUUUGUCUUAACGAGUGGAUAAGUGCUGAUGAUGAAGAGUUUAAUGCACAAAUUGUCAAGGUUAGAUCUGCAUUCCAAUUAUUUAUUUAUGCUUGCCGUAAAAAAAAAACACAUACGAUCACAUAUAUAGAAACGAAUAUCACAAUGAGGCUGCCCGAUCUGAACAUCGGAAAAAUAAAUUCAUCAAUGUGAUACUCGUAUCUAGAUAGCCUUCAAUCGUUCAAAAAUAUAAUCAAUAAAAAAGCGUAAGAGAAAUGAUAUUGCAUCUUCUCGGGAAAAAAAUGAUCAGACAU